AUGUCUAGCGGCGGAAGUACCAGUCCCUCCAGCGCAACCGCCUCCGCCACGGUCGUCAACGGCGGCGCCUGCGUCACCCACCACCGACGCCGCGUCGCCGACUCCGCGGUCGAUCUCUCGGAGAGGGAGAAGCCUGCCGACCACGCGCCGGCCGUCCUGGACCACUCCAAGAGCGACGUGGACGAGGAGGCGCUUUCGAUGUUCGGUGCCGCCGCAGGAAAUUGCAGCGGCGGCGGUGCGUACGUGUACGGCUCCUUGAACCACCACCACCACCACCAUCCGGUGAUUAGGUACUUCCUGUUGCGCAAGAGGCUGCCGGAGAAUUGGGCCAUCGGCGCGUGGGGUGCCCUGAACUCGAGGAAGAACAUGGGCCGCACGGUCUUUGUGUUCCUCCUGGCGUUGGUGGCCGUAUCGGCUUUUCUGAAGCUAUCGUUCUCGAUCGGCGGCGGAGCCGGCGGGAGGGACGCGACGGCGGAGAAAGAGGUCUUUCUUGUUCAGAAUUUCAAUAAAGAUUCGAUUUUUAAUGCUCAGAAAGCGGUUUUGGACUCCGAGUCGUCUUCCGGCGGCGGCGCGGUGCAAAAGCGGCAGAUGAAGGAGUUUCCGGUCCCAGAAAUAUGGAUGAAGCCCAAUAGUGAUAACUUUUACCAAUGCAUAGCCAGACCAAGGAAUUACAAGAGGACUCAGAGGACAACAAAUGGAUACAUCUUGAUUCACGCAAACGGAGGAUUGAAUCAGAUGAGAACCGGAAUAUGUGACAUGGUUGCUGUAGCUAAGAUUAUGAACGCCACUCUCGUUCUUCCUUCGCUCGAUCACCAGAGCUUUUGGACAGAUCCUAGCGAUUUUAAGGAUAUUUUCGACUGGAGGCGUUUUAUCGAGGUGUUGAAAGAUGACAUCGAGAUAGUCGAAGAGCUGCCCAAGAAGUAUGCAUCAGUUAAGCCCCUGAUCAAAGCACCUGUUUCUUGGUCUAAGGCUAGUUACUACAGAAAGGAGAUUCUCCCUUUGCUAAAGAAGCACAAAGUUAUCAUGUUCACACACACUGACUCGAGGCUCGUGAACAAUGGCCUAGCCUCGUCUAUACAAAAACUGAGAUGCAGAGCGAAUUACGAGGCCCUUCGCUACACGCCCGAAAUUGAGGACCUCGGCAAGAAACUUGUAGAGAGGCUUCGGGAUGAGGGAGAACCUUACAUUGCCCUUCACUUGAGGUACGAAAAGGACAUGCUCGCGUUCACGGGUUGCAAUCACAACCUAACCACAGACGAAGCUAACGAGCUUCGUGUGAUGAGGUACAAUGUGAAGCAUUGGAAAGAAAAAGAGAUCGACAGCAAGGAAAAACGGCUCGAAGGAGGCUGCCCAAUGUCCCCACGAGAGGCGGCUCUAUUUCUCAAGUCUAUGGGCUACCCUUCAUCGACUCGUAUAUACAUUGUGGCUGGCGAGAUUUACGGGAAAAAUAGCAUGGAUGCUCUAAAAACCGAGUACCCGAACGUUUUUUCCCACUCGACACUUGCCACGGACGAGGAACUUAAGCCCUUUAGCCCGUACCAAAACCGGCUAGCGGCACUUGAUUACAUCAUAGCCCUUGAGAGUGAUGCCUUUGUCUACACGUAUGAUGGGAAUAUGGCUAAAGCCGUGCAGGGCCACAGGAGGUUCGAAGGGUUUAGACGGACCAUAAUUCCCGACAGAAUCGGGGCGCCUUAUUUCAGACAGCCCGGGCAACUUCCGAGGUUGGAAGAGAACUUUUACGCGAAUCCUUUCCCGGGUUGUGUUUGCAACAGGUCACAAGAGCAGAACAAGAGGAAGCAGUUGGAUCGCAUGAGAAUCGCUUCACAAUGA